AUGUCGUCCUCAGACGAUCUUCAAACCAUCCCCGCACGCCAUGGUACAGCAACUUUUGUGCCAAAGGGUAGUACUAUCAAGAUUGUAAACACCUCUGGUACCCAAGUCAUCGAUACUUGGGUCUUUGCGUUGCCGACUCCACCCAAGAAGAACGGACCACAAGAGCCGCAAGACGACAAGGACAAGAGCUAUCAGGAGCAAGAUGAGAAGGAGAAGCUGAACGUCGCUGAAGAAGAGGACAAGAAGCAGAGGGAAGAAGACAAGAAGAAGCAAGAAGAGGAAGAGAACAAGAAGAAGGAGCGAGAGGAGAAGGACAAGGCUAGCAAGAAGAAGAACAACAGGAAGUCGCGAGGAAGCCUGGACUUGCCUUCGCAAGAGGAAGCCGAGGCUGCCACUUCCCAGCAGCAGAAGCUUGAAGCAGAGUCCAAGCAAGAGUCUACUCCUACUAAAGGCGGCUGGACUUCGUACCUUCCUUCUCUGCGCAGAGGAAAGCAAGUCACCGAUGGAAGUGCCAAAGACGAUGGCAAGGCUUCCGAGAAGAAGGAAGAGACUACCUCGACAGAAGAGGCGGAUGAGAAGCAAGAUAAAGAGAACUCGAGGAAAUGGGGCAGUUAUCUGCUUAAGGGUCAGGGCGUCACCAGUUACUUGCCUAGCAAGGGAGCUAUCUCCGCUUUUGCCGCUCAGCAUGCACGCGAUCCCAACAAGACGUAUGCAGAACAGCUCGCCGACUUUUCGAGAACACCAGUCGGUGCUGCCUCCUUGUCGGCUCUCACGGGAUCUGGCUCCGUCUCCUCUCUUUACGCUGGCUACAGUGCUUGGAACGCGAUGCACGGCGACACUGCUCAGAUGGAGUACCUCAGCAUGCCGCAUACUCGUGCUUCGACUCUCCAUAUGGUCCCACGCGUCAACGAUGUCCUCGUCUCUAACCUGAGAGAGCCCAUGUUGACUUUCAUCGAAGACACCAGUUCCGGCGUCCACGAUACCUUGAUUCCUGCUUGUGAUCCUCAACGUUACAAGGCUCUGCAGAUCGAAGAUUGGGAACAACAUGGAUCGUGUGCCGAGAACCUGGUUCUCGCACUGAAAGAGCUCAACGACCGAGCCGGUCUCAAAGGCCCAAAGGGCGUUGGUGCAUCAGUCACCGUCAACUCGGUCCCAGCACCAUUGAACCUUUUUAUGAACAUUCCAUGGAACGGCGACAAGGGUGACCUCUCAUUCGAGCCUCCUAAGGGCAAGGAAGGCGAUUACGUGCGCUUCAAGGCCGAGAGAGAUAUUGUCGUCAUCAUGUCUGCUUGCCCGAAUGAUGUACAGCAGAUCAACAAAGGUCAAUCCAAGGAUGGGCAUUUCCUGGUGGAGCACGCCGACGACUCGGAAGACGAAGAAGCUCCUGCCGAGAACAGGAAAGACGACAAGAAGCCCGACAAUAAGGCUGAGAAGAAGUCUGACGACAAGACCGAGAAGAAGAAGCCACGCAAGCUGGGCAAGAAGGAAGACACCAAGCCUGAUGAGAAGGCCAAGAGCGAAAAGCCUCAGGAACAAAAGAAGGCAGAGAAGGCACCUCUUCCCGAGGUUCCCGAAAGAAAGCCAAAGGCCGACAAACCUGAAGAGCAAAAGAAAGCAGAGAAGGUACCUCUACCCGAAACUCCGGCAACUGAGAAAUCAGAAGCCGCCUCUUUUCCCGCACCGCCCAAGCAGCUCAAGGGCAAACCCAAGAAGCUAGCUGACGAGACGCAGAAGAAGGCAGAAAAGACACCUCUCCCAGAAACUCCAGCUGUCGAGAAGUCUGAGGCUGCCGCUUCUCCUGUUCCUCCAUCAUCCUCUGGCCAAGCUACGCCUAAGCCCAAGGGUAAGCCCAAGAAGUUGAUCGACUCGACCACAGGCGAGAAGAAGAAGCCCCGUAAGCUGGAGCCGAGAUCCAAGGGUACUGCUACACCAAAGUCAGGAUCUGCCGGAAGUCAGCAAGGCGAUGCGGCUGCAGGCGCCGAGAAAGGAGGGAGUUGA